AUGCCAAGACGGACGGCGGGAGUUGAACACUGGGGACAGGGGCUUGGAAGCUCUCACUUCGAGCUGCCGCCUCCGCUGGAAGAAGGACGGCCCGAAGCCGACGACGUCGUGCGGCUAGCAGUGCUACUGCCGGCAGAUGCGGAAGCUGACGAGGGGGCACUGACCGGGCUGGUGGUGGUGGUGGUGGCUGCAGACGACGACGACGACGACGACGAGCCCGAGGCGGACGACGGCGCCGCCGCAGCCGAGGGUGUGGUCGUCUCGCGCGGCCCGGUCGACGGGGCGGCAGCCGAAGACGCGGCAGCCGACGUCGCCGUGGCCGCGCCGGGCUCGACGGCGGGGAUGGCCUCGGGGACGUCGGGCUGCUUCCCGGACAGCGGGGUCGUGGAGAGGCUGCAGGCCCGGCCAUAG